CUAUGACGUCUGCUCCUCCUUCGAAGAGAAUUCGGACCGUCGUGUAUGGCAGGUCGGCUCACGCGACGGCCGCAGCGACGGCCGCCCUGAUGGCCGACAUCCAGAGAGAGGGCCUCCCUGAGGCGUUCAGCGCGUCGACCUUGACCAGGCACCGCGAAGCCAGAGUCAUGGAGGACACGACCUUCGGCCCCCUCCUCGUGCAGAAGCCGCUCGGGUCCUCGGGCGUGGCCGCGUGGUUCCAGCAUCCAUUUGCGUGGCUCGAGGCGGCUUGCAAGACGUCGGCCUCCUACAGGGAGGCGUUCCUCGAUCUGGUCUCGAGGCAUGGUGGUUCGAUGAACGUGUACAUCUACUGCGAUGAAAUCGUCCCUGGCAACGUCUUGGACGGCAAGAACGCCAGAAAAACGCAGGCGCUCUACUGGAGCAUUGCCGAGCACGGCUGGCCCGCCCUCGGCAACGAGCUCUGCUGGAACACCAUCGUCGCGAUGCGCAGCAAGCUCUUGGAGGAGGUGACUGGCGGCGUCUCCACGGUGAUGAAGGAGUGCCUGAAGCUCUUCUUCGGCGGGCCCUCGGGGCCCGAUCUCCGACGUGGCGUGGCCCUCCACAUCGGCGACCAGGUCGUAGUUGUGCACGGACAGUUGCAGAUCAUGAUCCAGGACGAGCGGGCCCACAAGUUCGUGCUGCAGGUCAAGGGGGCCGCGGGCAUCAAGCCCUGCAUGCUUUGUAAAAACGUCGUCAAUCCGAACAGCGACCUUCUUCCAGACCCGACUGGGUGGCUGAUCCCAGCUCAUUGCGUGGACCCCAGCAAGUUCGACCUCUACACCACCGAGGAGAUCGUGUCGAUCCAGGACCGUCUCGGAGCUGCUCAUGCGAGGGGGGACUCGAGCGAGCUGAAGCGGCUCGAGGUCCUAUUCGGGUGGGCUUUCCAGCACGAUGGCCUCCUUCAGGAUCGGCAGUUGGCUGUGCCUGUCGCGGAGGCCGUCGCUUGGGACUGGAUGCAUUGCUACAUGGUCGGCGGGCUGUACGAGAGAGAAACGGAUGAGCUGCUCAAGAGGCUGAAUGUGAUUGGCAAGGGUCCCAGUUGCUUGCACCAGUAUGCUCAGGCAUGGCGCUGGCCGAAGGGCUAUGCGGAUGCCAAGAAGGUGCUGUCAGGUGGGUCCGUGUCUGGCAGUGCGUCUGAAUAUGUUUCACAAGCGCCCAUUCUCCAGCGUUAUCUGAACGAUGUUGUAUCCAGCGCUGAGGGCGCUGGAGAUUUCAAAGACGAGAUUAUGAGUGGCUUUCUUUUGUGUGACGUGAUUAACUUGUUAAUCAUGAGCAACGCUGGCCUUGUAACCCCCAAGCUAUUGGCCGACACAAUUGCAGCCCACAUGCAGCGCCAUAGGCGUGCAUACGGUGUCGAAUUGUUCAGGCCAAAGGACCACUGGAUUUUUCACCUUCCGUCGCAGCUAGAGCGACAUAAAUGCCUCCUCUCCACAUUCCUCAUGGAGAGGAAGCAUCGCGUCAUCAAAAAGGUGGCCAACGGCCGCCACAACACGCAGGGGUACGAGAAAGGCAUCAUGGUGGAGGUGAGUUUACAACACCUCCACGAUGUGGAGCAUCAUGCGAUUUUCGGUGUAGACCUCCUGGGCCCCAAGCCCGCCAGUAAACGCCUGAUUGAAUCCCUGUGUAGAGUGCUGCCCAUCGGCAGCCCGACUGAGGUGACCAGUUCUGCGUCUUGUUCCGUGCGUGGUAGGGCAAUCUGCAUGGGGGAUUGCGUGGCAUUCGAGAAUGCUUUGCAGCAGGUUGCUUUUGGUCAGGUCCUUUUCCACGCGAAGGUGCAUGGCCGUCUCGUUUCUGGCGUCUCGGAGUGGGAUACCCAAGAAAUGGGCGCCACUUCUGCUAAGUGCGUCGUGCGUGCGACUGCAGGCAUUUACCCGACCUCUAGCCUCAUAGAGGCAUGCGUUUUUUGCCCUGCUGCCGAGGGGUCCGUUGCCACGGUACUUUAUCCCCAUAAGGUCAAGAUGCGGUGCACCGCAUAAGUACGUGCAUGCGGGAAGGAGG